AUGGAGGAUAUAUCGAAAUACGCGCACAGACCUGCACACGUGGCAGUAGCGAGGCGUGACCAUGCCGCACUGCGCCACCUCGUUUCCUCCAUUCCUCGACUCGCCAAAGCCGGUGAGGUAAACACUGAAGCUGAAUCGCUCGCGGCGGAGCUCAAAGCCGACCAGGUGUUCGUGGUUAUCGACCGCUGCGACGUUCCGGGAAGAGAAACCCCUCUCCACCUGGCGGUGCAUCUCAGAGACGCUGUCUCCGCCGAGAUUCUCAUGUGUGCUGGUGCGGAUUGGAGUCUUCAGGACGAGCACGAUUGGAGUGCGCUCCAAGAAGCCGUGUGCACUAGAGAGGAAGCCAUUGCGGUGAUCAUCGCGCACCACUACCAGCCUCUUGUUGGCAAAAUUUCAGCGACUCAGCUCGCCAUCUUUUAUAGUGGAUGGGAAGCACUGCCCUGUCGCUUCAAGCGAUGGCGAAUAGUUAAUACACUAAUUCUGUGUUUGGAUUCAUGA